CAUCAUACACCUUUGUUCAGCCCAUGUGCUUAAGGCUGUGGCCCAGGCCGUUUGCAAGCAUGUGACAGACAAGGGACACAGGGAGUUUGUCAUAUUUGUAUUUGCAAGACUGCAAAACAGCCAGACUCUGGAUGAAGCAGUUGAGAUAUUUCGGGCUCUUUGCAUUGUCCUUCAUACAAGAAGUAAUACUGCUUCUGUAAAAGAGAGCGUUAAGGCUCUUCAAGGACUCAUUCAGAGCUUCAUCCUGGACAUAGACAUGUCUGAAAACAGAGACCAGGUGAACACUGCGGCUGCUACAGAUGAUCAGGCAAGGACAGUUGUGGGAAGGUCUCGCUUCUCAGCCGUGUUCAGAAAAGUGUUUGAUGAGGCAACCACUGCAGUCCCUGAAGACGGAGAGUCUACAGAGGAAAACGUGUACCACAGUCCACGUAUUAUUCAAACACUUUUCAAGACAUACAUGGCCAUCUUUCCAAUGUGGAGUGGAGUCAUGCUGGGUGACCUAAAAAGGCAUUCAGCUGACAAAGAUACAUCAUUUGAAGAUGAAAAACAAAUACAAGACAAAACACUUCUGCCAUGUAGAAGGAUGGUUUUCCAUCGUUAAGCAGCACAUUCUACAGAAGGCCCGUAGACUGCGUCCGGGCAACUUUGUCCGCAAAAUGUAUGCUUCACUACAGGGUAGAUAUACUGAACAUAUAAUGCAGCAUGGCUUGUCUCAGAAACUUUUGAAAUCACCCCGUAAUUUAAAGGACAUCAGAUUCGCUGAGGAAUCAUGGGCAAAAAAAGAAGAAAAGACUGGUUCUUCAAAGGCGGGACACUCCAAGUUCUAUUCUGUCCCACCACGGAUUCCAGGACCUAAAAAAAAGGCCAAAAGUCAAGGCACAACAACACAAGCAACUCUGGUCACAGAAACUGAUGCAAAAGAGAAAACUUCAGUUUCAAAACAUGAAGAGGAUACAUCUGCUCCCAAAAAGAAGCAGACAGGGAAGCCUAAAAUUUGCGACAAUGUCAGUACAGCAAAAGAAAGUGGAACAAAAUCCAAAAUGACCAGCAUUGAUGACGCAGACUUGUCCUCCAUGACCACCAUAGGCAAUGAUGUUGCAGCUACUUUGGAGACAACACCACAAAAUGUUCAAAAGGAAACAGAAGAAUUGUGGGAAAAGAGAGGCUGUGAAGUGGUUGUUGCUGUCCAAAAAAAUGCAAUCAACAAGGCUAGGAUGUCUGUUAGACACAAAGACUUUAAUACAUUGAAGCCUCACAAUCUUUUGAAUGGAGAGAUAAUAGAAUACUACAUGCAUGCCUAUAUGAAUAAAUGUGAAGGCACAAAGAGACUGUUCAUUCAAAACCACUUCACUGUAAGUGUAAUUCUGUUCGGAAAAUUACCCCAAAUUGCACGCCAAGGCUUGAGAAAAGUAAACUUUGAAAAUUAUGAUGGUGCAGUGGGAUUCGUAAAUGUACAUCGCAAUCACUGGAAGUUUGUGCUCCUUCAUGCCAUGUCAGAACAAAUAUAUGUUGCUGACCCUAAUAAUGUCUCAAAUGACCUCAAGGACUCAAAACAAGCAGCCACACGUUUUCGAAAAUAUUUCAGGAUACGGUUCAAAGAACAUGGCAAAAGGGACUGGUUAAACAUAAGAUGGAAACCAAGCACCAUUGUCCACACAGUGCAGAAAGAUGCAACAAGUUGUGGCGUGUUUGUUGCGCAGAUGGCAAGAGAGGUGAUUGAGAAAUUUCCAGUAAUCCCGGAUGCAUUCAACAUUGAUCCCAAUAGCAAUAACAUUGUGCAACUCAGACAACAAAUGGCAAAGGAUAUUCUUGAGGGAUCAGAAUCCAAGGAGGAAUACUGUUCUUACUGUGGAUGUGAAGAAUUGCCAAAGUCCAAAGGAUUGCGGAAUUCCAAAAGUGACGUUGUUUGGAUACAAUGUGAACAGUGCCAAAGAUGGUACCAUGUUCGUUGCCUUGGACUAUCACCAGACGUAAUUGCUGCAAAAGAUGCCCAAUGGUUUUGUUUGAUGUGUGACUAGUUAAACAGUGGAAACAUGCCCACUUUAUCCACUGUAAUGUCUUACGUUAAGAUAAUUUUUCAAAGUUGGCUAAAUUCUGAGAAUAUUCUAAAUAUGUGUAUUUAGGAAUAUCAUAAUUUGUUUUUACUUGAUUCAUUAAAAUAAGGUUGUUACUUAUAACACUGCAAAUAUAAUUAAGUUUGUUUAAUAAUUUUUUUUUUUUAAAUUAAUAUAACAUUUCUUACUGAUUUUUAAUCAAUGACUGAAAUGUGUUGUACCAGCAACAGUAGUUGCAGAACUUACUUUUACAUAACAUUCAUCAAAAAAAAAAAAAAAAAAACUACAUACAUACAUGUACUGUACAUACAGUAAGGGGUAAACUGGUAACAUUUCACCUGUAGUAAGUCAGUCUGGUCACUAGGAAGGUACUACAAGCUUUGGAUCUUGAAAAAACCCUUUUGGUGAAUUAAAUUAAUGAUUUUUCUAGAAAUAUUUGUGUACUGUACAUACAGUAAGGGGUAAACUGGUAACAUUUCACCUGUAGUAAGUCAUUCUAGUCACUAGGAAGGUACUACAAGCUUUGGAUCUUGAAAAAACCCUUUUGGUGAAUUACUGUAAUGAUUUUUCUAGAAAUAUUUGUGUACUGUACAUACAGUAAGGGGUAAACUGGUCAAAUAUCACCUGUAGUAAGUCAGUCUAGUCACUAGGAAGGUACUACAAAUUUGGAACUUGAAAAAACCCUUUUGGUGAAUUACAGUAAUGAUUUUUCUAGAAAUAUUUGUGUACUGUACAUACAGUAAGGGGUAAACUGGUAACAUUUCACCUGUAGUAAGUCAGUCUGGUCACUAGGAAGGUACUACAAGCUUUGGAUCUUGAAAAAACCCUUUUGGUGAAUUACAGUAAUGAUUUUUCUAGAAAUAUUUGUGUACUGUACAGUAAGGGGUAAACUGGUCAAAUAUCACCUGUAGUAAGUCAGUCUAGUCACUAGGAAGGUACUACAAGCUUUGGAACUUGAAAAAACCCUUUUGGUGAAUUACAGUAAUGAUUUUUCUAGAAAUAUUUGUGUACUGUACAUACAGUAAGGGGUAAACUGGUAACAUUUCACCUGUAGUAAGUCAGUCUGGUCACUAGGAAGGUACUACAAGCUUUGGAUCUUGAAAAAACCCUUUUGGUGAAUUACAGUAAUGAUUUUUCUAGAAAUAUUUGUGUACUGUACAUACAGUAAGGGGUAAAUUGGUCAAAUAUCACCUGUAGUAAGUCAGUCUGGUCACUAGGAAGGUACUACAAGCUUUGGAACUUGAAAAAACCCUUUUGGUGAAUUACAGUAAUGAUUUUUCUAGAAAUAUUUGUGUACUGUACAUACAGUAAGGGGUAAAUUGGUCAAAUAUCACCUGUAGUAAGUCAGUCUAGUCACUAGGAAGGUACUACAAGCUUUGGAUCUUGAAAAAACCCUUUUGGUGAAUUACAGUAAUGAUUUUUCUAGAAAUUUUUUGUGUACUGUACAUACAGUA